GCUCUGCCUGCCGGGGCCGCCCGGCCCCGCCGCACUCGCCGCGGAGACCGAGCGGAGCGGAGCCGCAGCCCCCAGCGCCAUUGCCGCCCUCAGCCCGCCAUGGCAGGAGCUGUUGAUGGGAAGGACGCGCUGAUGUCCCAGCUGGAUUACUGAGCUCCUCAGUGACUCCUGGAGCUGCUGCUGCUGCUGGAAUAAGGAGCUGUCCUUUGUUCUUGGCCUGUCCCAGAGGCACCUCCUGGGUGCUGCAUGCAAGUCCUGGACGUGCUGGACACCAUGGGCAUUGGCAAGAACACCACGGCCAAGUCGGUGGAGGCAGGAGGGGGCUCCACGGAGGGCAAAUACGAGGAUGAGUCCAAGCACCCCACCUUCUUCACCCUGCCUGUGGUGAUAAACGGUGGAGCCACGUCCAGCGGUGACCAGGACACAGAGGACACAGAGCUGAUGGCCAUCUACACCACAGAAAAUGGCAUAGCAGAGAAGAGCUCCCUGGCAGAGACCCUGGACAGCAGUGGCAGCUUGGAUGCCCAGAGGACUGACAUGAUUUACACCAUUGAGGAUGUUCCUCCCUGGUACCUCUGCAUCUUCCUGGGCUUGCAGCACUACCUGACGUGUUUCAGCGGGACCAUCGCCGUGCCCUUCCUGCUGGCCGAUGCCAUGUGCGUGGGCUUCGACCAGUGGGCCACCAGCCAGCUCAUCGGGACCAUCUUCUUCUGCGUGGGCAUCACCACCCUGCUGCAGACCACCUUCGGCUGCAGGUUACCCCUGUUCCAAGCCAGUGCUUUUGCGUUCCUAGCACCUGCCAGAGCAAUUCUCUCCCUGGAGAAGUGGAAGUGCAAUAACACAGAUGUAACAGUUGCAAACGGAACAGCAGAGCUGCUGCACACGGAGCACAUCUGGUACCCCCGGAUACGAGAGAUCCAAGGUGCCAUCAUCAUGUCCUCGCUGAUCGAGGUGGUGAUCGGGCUGCUGGGGCUGCCUGGGGCCCUGCUGCGCUACAUCGGGCCGCUGACCAUCACCCCCACCGUGGCCCUCAUCGGCCUCUCGGGCUUCCAGGCUGCAGGGGAGAGAGCUGGCAAGCACUGGGGCAUCGCCAUGCUGACUAUUUUCCUAGUGUUGUUGUUCUCCCAGUAUGCCAGAAAUGUCAAAUUUCCCUUGCCCAUUUAUAAAUCCAAGAAAGGAUGGACAGCAUACAGGCUGCAGCUUUUCAAGAUGUUCCCUAUCAUCCUGGCCAUCCUGGUGUCGUGGCUGCUGUGCUUCAUCUUCACGGUGACCGACGUGUUCCCCCCGGACAGCUCCAAGUACGGCUUCUACGCGCGCACGGACGCGCGGCGCGGCGUGCUGCUGGUGGCGCCGUGGUUCAAGGUGCCCUACCCCUUCCAGUGGGGGCUGCCCACCAUCUCGGCAGCGGGAGUGAUCGGCAUGCUCAGCGCUGUGGUGGCCAGCAUCAUCGAGUCCAUCGGCGACUACUACGCCUGUGCCAGGCUCUCCUGUGCUCCUCCUCCUCCCAUCCACGCCAUCAACAGGGGGAUUUUCAUCGAGGGGCUCUCCUGUGUUCUGGAUGGAGUGUUUGGGACAGGGAAUGGAUCCACCUCCUCCAGCCCCAACAUUGGGGUCCUGGGCAUCACAAAGGUUGGCAGCCGCAGGGUGAUCCAGUACGGAGCUGCCUUCAUGCUGCUGCUGGGCAUGGUGGGCAAGUUCAGCGCGCUCUUCGCAUCGCUGCCCGACCCCGUGCUGGGCGCUCUCUUCUGCACCCUCUUUGGGAUGAUCACGGCCGUGGGUCUGUCCAACCUGCAGUUCAUCGAUCUCAAUUCCUCUCGCAACCUCUUCGUGCUGGGAUUUUCCAUCUUCUUUGGGCUCGUGCUCCCCAGCUACCUGAAACAGAACCCCCUGGUCACAGGAAUUGCAGGCAUUGAUCAGGUGCUGAACGUGCUGCUCACCACGGCCAUGUUCGUCGGGGGCUGCGUGGCCUUCGUGCUGGACAACACCAUCCCAGGAAGCCCCGAGGAGAGGGGAAUUCGGAAGUGGAAGAAAGGGGUUGGCAAAGGCAGCAAAUCCCUGGAUGGCAUGGAAACCUACGAUCUGCCUUUUGGCAUGAACUUCAUUAAAAAGUACAGGUGUUUCAGCUUCCUGCCCAUCAGCCCCACCUUCGUGGGCUACACGUGGAAAGGCUUCAGGAAAAGCAGCAGCUGCAGGAGUUCAGAUGAAGACUCAGAAGCUACAGUAUAGCCUUAGCUGAAAUUAUAUUAUCUAGUUGUAGUCAGAGAUGUAUUUGCAGUUUCUUGCUGAUUAAGAAGCAUUAAAAUAUAUGUUUUGUAUAUCUGCAUUUAAAUUCUGGAACCAGAGCUGAGACGGAUUUAAAAAAAAGAAAAAAGAAAAAAAAAAAAAAAAAAAAAAAAAAGCUUUUCCUGCUGUGGGAGCUGGGAGCCAGGUCUGGUGUCUCUGGGGCAAAUCCUGCUGAUUUGGGGAGCUUGGAGAGAGCUGUGCCCCUGAUUCUGUGGGGAGCUUGGAGAGAGCUGUGCACCUGAUUAUUCUGUUGGUUUUUAAUGGGUUUAGGUGGAGCUGUGGAGGUGCUGCUGCAAAAUUUGGUUUUUAUUGUGAUUUUAUUGGAGCUCUCGGCGUUGGUUAUGCCAGGAGAGCUGAACCUUGGAGAAGGAGGGAGGGAAAAAGGGAGAAAAGGAGAAAUAUUUCCUUCAGAUGCCGUGGAUGCUGCUCAGUGAUCUGCACAUUCCCAGUGCCCUGGAAACGGCUCAGCUGAUGCUGGCAGCUCAGGGGAGUUCCAUUCUGUGCUUUCAGUGCCACAGCAGAGCUCAGACAGGAACUUUCUGGAAUAACUCUGCCCCUGGAAGCCGUGGCUGGCUCGGUCUGCCGCAGCCCCUUCUUUUCCUGGCAGCAUUUCUCAUUUCUGCACCUCUGCCUUCCCCACCAGGGUUUCCUUGGGGGACACAGGGAUGGCAAAGCUGGGCUCACACAGGAUUCCUGUGACCAGCAGGAUGUGCCCUGGCCAGAAAUGUUAAUUAGCUGAGCAGCUCCAAGCAAUUAACAGUUGUUCCCUGCAGGGAAAGCCGCGCUGGGCUCUGAGCAGGGUUUUGGUUUUUUAUUUUGCUGAUGGCUCUUCUCCUCUUGUGGGGCUUCUCCAGAGGCUGAUGGCUGCUGGAAGGGCUUUGGGAGAGCAGAGACACUGCACCUGCAGCCUCACCCACCCAUGGCUUCACGGGUAUUGGGUCCAAUCAGGGCACCACUCAGAAAUCCUUUCCUUUUUCCUGGAGUAGUCUCAGCUCUGCUGUUAUGUGGGUGUUCACGCUCAUCAUGCAUUCAUGAUUAACAGUUUUAUUCCUGUUUAAUGUUCUUACUAUUGCAAGUUAGUUUUAGACUUCAGUGUGGCCCCAAAAGCAUUUUCAGCUGUGGAGAUCAUCAGGGAAAUGUCGUGUAAUGUAAUUUCGAGGCCAGUAACGCUCUACGGUGCUUGCAUUUUGUAUUCCUGGGAAACCCAUACCAGUAGGUCCUGUAAUAACCCCCCUGAUCUAUUUAUCCACGUUUGACUACUGGACAGGAGCACAGGAGCUCUGUUUUCUCUCAGCCUGCUCCCAGGGGAAUUUGUUGUGGGUUUUUGAAGCAUGGACGGGUUGGGGUGGGGAGGAGCUGAGUAGUGUAGAGUGGGAACGGCUCCGUGGAGCUCGUUCUCAGCAUGCCGUGGCUGUUGCCAGAAACUGUUUUCCCCCGUUUUCCCCGUGCCCAAGCAUGCCUUUGUUCCUGCUUCCCUCGGGGAACUCUCACUAGUUUGCAGCCCUGGUGUCGCUCGGGCUCCAGAGCCGCUCGGAAGUCGUUGUGUGGUAGACGAGGUUGGUUUGCCUGUGAAACAAAAAAACAAAAAGUCAUUUUUGCUCGUUUUUCAGUGUUUUCCUCCCCAGGGAGCGAGGUGUUGGGGUUCCCCUGCCUGCCUGCACAGGGUUUUGGGUGUGGGCAGAUUCCAGAUCCCCCGGCAGGGGUGGAGGAUGAGGAUGAAGCUGCAGGUUUGGGGAGCAUUAAAAUCCCAAAUUCCAGGAUUUGGGUGCCCAUGCUGAGCAGGGCUGGAGAGGAUGAAGCUGCAGGUUUGGGGAGCACUAAAAUCCCAAAUUCCAGGAUUUAGGUGCCUGUACCAAGCUCUGGCAGGGCUGGAGAGGAUGAAGCUGCAGGUUUGGGGAGAACUAAACACAAAUUGUGUGUCCAGGUGCAGCCUGACUGCCAAUGCUGGAUUUUCCUCCCUGUCCUUCCCUGCCUUUUCCAACGCCAAGCACCCAGGGGAGUUGGCAGCUGAGAGGUGAGUGAAGAAGUGAUUGAGAAUUUUCAACCAGAUUUGGAGAGGGAAGGGCAAAUAUUCAUGGUAGAAAUCUCAUUUUGUCAUAUCAGAGGUGGCAUCAGUGUAUACAAACAAAGUAACUUGGGAUUUUUUGUAAUUGAUAUUCUCUUGUAUUUUUUUUAGGUUCGAUUAAGGGUUCUUGCUGACAUGUUGAAACACGUUUUCUAAAGCAAAUACUUGCAAAUUAUGCCUCUAGAAAUUUAGGUUUCGUAGCUGACAGCUAUGACUGAUUCACGUUGUCAUAUUGGAGGGACUUAGCUCAGAAAGCUCAAACCUUUUCAACCCCAAAUUUGCUUUUAUUGCCUUUUAAUACUGACUUGAAAUAUGACAACUUGGUUUGUACAUGAAUAUUGCAGUAUUUUAUUUCCAUAUAUUAAGAAAAUAACAUUUCCACUCAGGACAACAGCGGUGUUUUCCUGGGAGGGAGUGGUAUGAGUGUCAUGACAAUGUCAUGUGAUGGUAGAAUUUCUUCAUUGACGAAUCUAUAGUGGUUGUGUAUACUUUAUUUACCCAUCGUUGCGUUCCUACCCAAAACUGGAGCCUUUUGUUGUUUCCUCCCUGCUGAGCCCUCCGGGGGGGCAGAAUUGGAGAAAACCCCUCACUACCGGGUCACUGACACCCCAAAAGUUGUGCAGAUCCUGACGUUUUGGGUCCGAGCAGCGCUGCGGGCACUGGCGGUGGCAGCGCCCGAGUCUGCUGGUCUGGCUGAGCCUUGGGUGCCUCCCCCAGCCGAGCAGCCUGGCUGAGACCAGCGCCGCUUCCCCUCCUUCCUCGUGGCCUUCUCCCGCCAAAAUCCGCUUUUUUCUCCUUUUUCUCCCGUUUUCUCUCCUGUUCCGAGCAGGGCUGGCCGCUCGUUUCUGGCAGCAGAGCCCGCUGGGCGCAGUUUGUGGUUCUGGGGGCUGAGAUCUGGGAUGGGUUUGGAGCCACCCCGGGUGCUCCUGGCUGGGAUUUGGGUGACACCGGGGUGGCUCUGCCCUCCUGAGCCCCCUCUGCUGCCAGCCCCGAUAAUUCCCGUGUUUGUCUGUUCAGAACAACCUCUGGCAUAACAAACUAUUGACUGUUCUUAGGCGGUGGGGAUAAAUUUCCUUUUUUUUUUUUUUUAUUUUUUUUUUAUUUUUCCCAUGACUUUUCGUGACUGACUUUGGCUGUAAAACUUUUUUUGGGGGGUGGGGUUUUUUUGUUCGAUUAUUUUUUGUUGUUCUCGUUCCAAGAUGUGUAAUUCUUUUACGGAUUUUUUUUUUUAUUAUUCCUUUUUUUUUUUUUUUCUAACAUUGCUUCAUUAAACAUUAAAUAUUUAAAAAUGUAAUAUUUGGACCAGAUGUUGUGAAUAAUAGUAGAUAAAGCUAUUUUAUUCUGUAUUUUUAAAGCUGUUCAGUAUAAAUAAACGCGGGCAUAGAUGCA